UUGCUUCUUUUUUCCAGUUUACUCCCAGCGCCCACACAACAGGUGUGGGACCGCGAUGAUGAGCUUAAGGCGAUGCGAGUUGGCAGCGCGCUGGUGGUGUCACAGACCAGUGUGCCACCUUACGGACAGAGGAAGGGAUGGGUGCCUCGGGCGGAGGACGAUUUUGGAGAUGGUGGAGCAUUCCCCGAGAUCCAUGUAGCACAGUAUCCCCUGGGCAUGGGUGCCCGAGGCAAAGAGAGCACCUCAAAUGCUCUGGCAGUCCAGUUAGAUGAGACUGGCAAGGUCAAAUACUCUGCUAUAGCUAGGCAAGGACACGGGGCUGACAAGAUCAUUUACUCCAAGCUGACAGACCUGCUUCCAUCAGAAGUCCUCGCCGAGGACGACCCGACUCUGCAGAAGCCCUCCGAGGAUGACAUUCAGGAUAUCACGGAGAAGACCAAGCUUGCGUUGGAGAAACUGACCAAUGCUAAGAUUUCCGCAGCACUGCCCGUUAAGGCUGCUCCCAAAGCUGCCCCCGCGCAGUACAUCCGGUACACACCGGCGCAGCAGGGCGGCGCUUUCAACUCGGGUGCCAAACAGAGGGUUAUAAGAAUGGUGGAAGCCCAGUCGGACCCUAUGGAGCCGCCACGCUUCCAGAUCAACAAGAAGAUCCCCCGCGCGGCCCCCUCCCCGCCCGCGCCCGUGCUGCACUCCCCCCCGCGCCGCGUGUCCGUCAAGCAGCAGCGCGACUGGAAGGUGCCGCCCUGCGUCAGUCACUGGAAGAACGCCAAAGGUUACACCAUCCCCCUGGACAAGCGCCUCGCCGCCGACGGCCGAGGUCUCCAACAAGUUCACAUCAACGAAAACUUCUCCAAGCUCGCCGAGGCGCUCUACAUAGCCGACAGGAAAGCUAGGGAAGCGGUGGAAGCCAGGGCUCAGUUGGAGAGAAGAUUGGCGCAGAGGGAAAAAGAAAAGAAGGAAGAGCAUUUGAGGAUGUUGGCGCAGCGGGCUAGGGACCAUAGAGCUGGCAUACGGGCUCCGGAAGAAGAGGGCGAGGCCGAAGUGGACGAGAGCGGCCUCUCAGCCGCCGAGCGCGACAAGCUCAGGGCCGACCGACACAAGGAGCGCCAGCGGGACAGGAACCUGGCGAGAGCCGCUCCUGACAAGAGGUCUAAACUAGUGAAGGACCGCGAGCGAGACAUCUCGGAGCAGAUCGCGCUCGGUCUGCCCGCCAAGACCAACCAGGGCGGCGAGGCUAUGUUCGACCAGCGGCUGUUCAACAACACCAAAGGAAUGGACAGUGGUUACGGCGACGACGAAGCGUACAACGUGUACGACAAACCGUGGCGGAACCAAGACACGGUCGGGGCCCACAUAUACCGGCCCACCCGAGGCAAGGACAAGGAUAACUAUGGCGACCUCGACGCCAUCGCUAACACCCGCAGGUUCGUGGCCGACAAGGAGUUCUCUGGCACGAGCGCCGGCGCGGUGCGCUCCGGCCCCGUGCAGUUCGAGCGCCACGCUGGCGCAUCCAGCCAGGAACAGCCCUCACGCAGCGCAGCGCCCGAGGCCGACUUCGAUCCUUUCGGCCUCGACCGGUUCCUCAGCGAGGCCAAGCGCGCCGACAAGGGAGGCCGCAAGCGCGACCACGAGCGCCAGGACCAUCCCUCCCAACAUCAGACACAUCAGAAGCGGCGUCGCGACUAAUCAGAUUACGAAAUUUGACUACGGUGUUCAUACAAUACAUUCUGUACUAUAUAUACAAAUAAUAUGUUAAGGUUGAAAAUUAUGUAAAAUACUUAGCUUUAUGAUUUACUGUUUCAUUUUGUACCGAUAGAAAUAGUGUU